GUAACUGAAGGGAUCUGCUGCAAUCUGUCUCUCUAGUAGUGGCUUAGUUUUCUAUUUGCAAUGAAUGACGGGAGAGCGGACACCCUGAGAAAUGUAUUUCCCCUUAGCUGCAGCUGAAUGUGGUGCUAGAAUCUGUGCUACCGCUGCACCCCAUCUUCUGACAAGUGAUGUGGGAGCAGCAUGAAAGGGGUGAGGUGACCUGGAAUGUGUGGGAAGGGAGAAUGAAACAUUGCUUCCUUGCUUAAUUCAGCUUAGUAAAAUGUACUAAGGAUGUGAAUUAUGGGCUGACUGUUCUUAAAGGUAGCAUAGCUGCGCUUGGUGGCAAAUCAGAGCAGACCAACUUUUCUUCCAGAUGGACGGGGUUAUGAUACUGUCUGUCUUCUGUGGCUGGAAACUUUGUUGUUGUGAGCCCACAGUGUGCAACAGUAGCCUCAGUGUUCAUGAAGUGCCAUAGACAUCUCUCUCAUUGCAGGGAACGGUCUCCGUUCCAGAGAGAUAUUUCUACCUCCUGUGUCCUGCAGAACGUGAACUGAAGUGUCUCGUCCCUGCCCACCAGGACCAGAAUGAAGGGGCUAUUUCUAGCAGUUUGGUUCUUCCUUGUGCCGGCCAAAUGGGCAGCACCAAAGAACAGCAGUGGCAGGCCUGAGAUCCCCAACGAUUCCAUGGAUCAACCCAUCCUGAAUCCUCUGCACCCAAGCCAAGUUUCUCUAAAGGUGCUCCAAGACUAUCUGGAGAACAUUGGGCAGUUGAAUGCGGAUACUGCUACCAUGACAAGGGAACAGGCGCUCUUGCUUCUCUUUGCUCUUCAUGACUAUGACAAAAGUGGGCACUUGGAUGGUCUGGAAUUCAUGAGACUGCUGAAUGAAUUGGUGUCCCAACAGGCAAAAGGACAGCCUGCACCAGACAUGGUAGUGCCAAUGGUGGACAGUAUCUUGGAGACUCAGGACUUCAACUGGGAUGGACUAUUGGAGCCUUUAGAGUUGUUUCUUCCUCCCCGGCAGGGAGAGACACCAAACUUCCUUACUGCUGACAGUGAAGAAGAUGGUCAGGUCUUGUGGGCACUUCCUAAGCCGAAUGGCUUCCCAAGUCCCUCUGACCAACAAAGCGAUGGAGACUCCCCACCUGCACCAGAAGUUCAGGAACAAGACAUGAUGGGUGACCAAUUGUGGAGCCUGGAGAAGCAUGGGGGAGAGCUCGGCCAGGAAACCGCAGGAGACCCAGAUCAACAAGGGAAAGAGAUGCCUUCUGCUCCAGGAGAUUGAAAUACACCCUGUACAUACUUUAGAUGAUUAGCCAAGAAAUGAGAACUGGAGGCGAAUUUCAGGUCAAUUUCAGAAAUGGAAUGCAGAUAAUCAACCCUUUCCCAACAUUUCCUUCUGAGCAAACUAUUCUGGGUUUCCAAGUCUUCUCUACCAAAGCAAAACAGAAUAAGAUUCCCUGUUCAGUCAGCUCUGCACCCUGUUAUCUAAAGAGAUCCCUUUUCCAACUUUCAAGGGAUACAUACCCCAGAUCUAAAACUUGAGAAACAGAAGUCACAGUGGCUCCACUUUCUCCUCAGCACACCUGAGUGCAUCAUUCAGACAUGGAAACCUCUUCCCUCCCUCCCCCAGUACCCAGGACCACAGCCUUUCCAGGAGGUGAGGCUACGUAGGUAGGAAAGAUUUCUCUAAACUGAAAAGCCUGCCUCAGCCGGUUGUCUUCCUCAAUAGUCUCUCUCUUCACAGAGCAGGCUCCCGAUUCUAGAGGGUCUAUUUAGGGUCCCUUGCUCUGCCUUCCUCAAGUAAGAAGCUCUUGCACAGAGACAGGACAGAACUUACAAUUAUAAUUUCCCAGUCUGGCCAAGGAUUUAUCUGUGCAUUUCAGAUGACCAUUCUCUCAGCAGGUUCCUUUGGGGAAAAGCUUAUCCAACACUGCAGAAGGCAUCAUGUAUAUCGUUUGCCGUGGCAUUUAAAUUAGACUGCCCAUCUCAUAAAAGUGAAAUUAAAAGGAAAACCACAACCCAUGAUUUCCAAGGUUAAACUGGUAAAUUCCAAUCACAAAAGAACACGUCAGCAAAGCUCACCCAACCUCCUGGUUCAAAUCCUAGGGAAACAGCCAGAGAUGUGUACGCUUCUCCUGUACUUCUCUUUUUUCAAAUCUGCCAA